UCAACUUGCGCGCGCGGGGCGAAAAAGGAAACCUAAAGCGACGCCCGACCACCGCCAUUGACGGGUAGCGGCAGAAUUCCAAAAGUCGCCGAAGCUCCCAACUUGCUCGCGGUGUUCAUUGUCUGGAGGUGCAAAUUGUCACCCAAAACUCCUCUUCUUGCUCUUUGGGUCGUGCAGCCAAACGCAGAGAAUGGCAAACUCAUCCCCACCGACGCGUCUUCAACGCGACGUUCGUCCCUCUUCGGCAAAUCGUCUGAGCUAUCCAUGGGGCGCAAACGUCGACUUCGACCUCGAACAAUUAACACUUGAGGAUCGCAAUUCAGAGGAGAGUCACAGAAGAGGCCUAGCGCAUGCAAGGCAAUUUCAUGCCAACCUACGAAAGACAGCUGUCGAUGUCUUGAAUCAAUAUCACCUCCAAGAGGAGCAGCAGCGGGUGAAGCUUGAGCAAGAGCGGGAAGAGGCCAGAUUACGGGCCGAAGCACAACUUGCCGCCGAACGCCAAAGAUUGGAAGCACUCAGGGCGAAGACCAUACCCGUGCCACCGCCACCAAUAACAAAACCUGAACCUGCUCCUGAGCCGCCCAAGGCCACCGAAGAGGCCCCUCAACCUCAAGCUACUCAACCAUCUGCCCAUGGGCAAACCCAAAAGGCUCCUGCUGGGAGCCAGAAGCAACCAGACCUGAGUGCUCCGAAACCACCAACUAUCCAGAAGCCUGCCUCGGGGCUCUUUGGAUCAUUACCGGGAAACGCGCAACCUUUCCAACCACAGUCAACGACGAUCAAGGAGCCUUCCAAUGCCCAGAAUCAGCCGAACAUACCUAAAACCACACCCGCUACAACAGCGGCGAAUUCGAGGCCACCCCCUGCCGCAGAUGUUCCCAGGUCUGACCGCCACGUGGAAGUUCAUCGGAACCUCAAGCAGCUCAGAGCCUUCAUGGAACAGCAGAGAGGGAGGAAUGCGCAACUUAAGAAGAAUAUGGGAGACAUGCGCCGAUUUAUCAGAGUGAAGAUCGGGCAGUUGACACCAGGCGCCAAUAAAGAGCAAGCCGAGGAUAUAAAGAAAAAACUGCGCGAGGCUCUGAGUGGCCAAACACCUAGUGAACCGGAAGAUCCCAACAAAUUCCUGCUGCAGCCUAGGAAUCCUGUUGAAGGUGCCCAAAACAACAGCCAAUACCUGCCAUCGCUAUAUCUUUAUCUGCUGAACGUCUUUGCGAAAGCGGUGAUAGCACAAUUCGUCAAUGAAUGCGGCGCAAAACCUCAGGCAGCAGAUCCUAUUGGUACCCUUGUGGCCAAGGUCUUUGCGGACCCAGAGUUCCAUUGGCGGGGAGGGUCAAUGAUUGACAUUCUGUUGGCGAAAUUCAGGGUCUCAUGUCCAGUUCUCUUCGGUUUCCGAGGAAACGACAAGACGGAACAAGGCAGGCUGCGUGUUGGCUGGAGGAAGGACAAGGGCGGUAGCUGGGACGCCGAGCAGACUCAUGUUGACCGUAUGACGGGCUUGGGCGCUGGAUAUGCGGCCAUAGCACUUCGCGAUUUCGCCAGAGUCAAGCUCAAAAACCCCUACCCGCCCUCCAAUUACUGGACGGCGCUGGCCAGAAUUAUCAACACGCCAGCGAACGAAAUCUCUGACACGCAAUGCUAUGUGCUCAAGGCCAUGAUUGAGAACCACGAAAAGCGAUUUAUCCAGUUCUACGGCACCGCUGCCGUUGCUGCUCUCCGCGUUGCGCUCGUCGAGUUUCCUGCUAAGGUACAGAAGAAGUCGGCAGCGGUCAGUGCGCUGCCUGUGUUGGCACAGAUUUUGAAACGAGACACGGGUCUGAACUUGCUGUGAGAUGACACGAGGCGAGCACUACUUGUGAGAUUUAAGUACCUAGGUACUGGCCUGAGACUUUGGUGGCUGUCGAGCGUUGUGCACUAGCCCGUGUAACAAUCAGCGUUCUAGAAUUAUCUUGGCCUUAUCAUGGCUUUUUAUGACGGCGUAUAUGUUUAAUUGUAUGGGUUUGGAUAAUAGAUUAAGCAUUAAGCAUAUCUUGGACCUGGGGUGGUCCUCAAUCACGAGAUCUUCCAAGACUGGCCUCUCGUGCUCAUGUUGCAGCCAUAGCCUCAACAGCAUCAUUACAAUAUAGAGUUAUCAUCACUCCAACUGGGAAAGAAUGCAUCAUGUCAAUGAACAAGUUGCGGUAUUUUCCAAAUUAGUUGUCCAUUGGCAGAGACUAGUCGCUAACCUGGACCUGUCUUACCCGUCAAACAUUCGCCUCCA